CUGGCUGAUGAUAGUGAAAAGGCUGACUAUUUUUUCCCCCUCAAUUCCCAUCUUUAGGCAAUUGAAAGUGACUAGGAUAUUUCCUAUGUGACUGAAAUCAGUGAACUUUAUACACGAGGGAUUGAAAAUUUAAUCUUCCUGAUGCUUGGCUCAAUAUUGCUCUGGGUUGUGGAGUUAACAAUGGAGCCAUAGUGCAUCAUGUUUUGGAAGUUCGAUCUUCACACGUCAUCGCAUAUAGACACACUUCUGGAGAAGGAAGAUGUGACCCUCACAGAGUUAAUGGAUGAAGAAGAUGUUUUACAGGAAUGUAAAGCUCAGAACCGUAAACUGUUGGACUUUCUGGUUAGAUCACAGAGUAUGGAGGAUCUGGUCACAUACAUCACCCAGGAACCACCAGAAGAAAUGGAUGAAAAGAUGAAAUACAAGUAUCCCAACAUAUCGUGUGAACUCCUUACUUCAGAUGUAGACCAGAUAAACGACCGACUGGGAGAAGAUGAGCCUUUGUUGUCUCGAUUGUAUACCUUUUUGCAUAAUGAGCCACCUCUUAACCCCUUACUUGCCAGUUUCUUCAGCAAAGUGUUAAGCAUUCUUAUCAGCAGGAAACCAGGACAGAUCAUUGAGUUUUUACGGAAGAAAGACGCAUUUGUAGGUUUGAUGUUGAAACACAUAGGGACCUCAGCACUCAUGGAUUUGUUACUUAGGCUGUUGACGUGUAUUGAAUCACCACAGCUGAGGCAGGAUGUUUUAAACUGGUUGAAUGAAGAAAAAAUUAUUCAAAAACUAAUAGAAAUGGUACACCCAUCUCAGGAUGAUGAUAGGCACUCAAAUGCAUCGCAGUCAUUGUGUGAAAUCAUCCGCCUUAGCAGAGACCAGAUGAUUCAGAUGCAGGGUUGUCCAGAACCAGAUCCACUUCUGUCAACCAUAGAGAAGGAAGAAACUUUAGAAAUCUUGUUGUCAAAUGUUUUUGAUAAGGAGAAGAAUGAAUCGGCAAUUGUAAACAGUAUCCAAAUAUUGUUGACUUUACUAGAGACUCGAAGACCUGCCUUUGAAGGCCAGUUAGAAAUUUGUCCAUCUGGUAUGAACCACACAGCCUUUUCUGUGAGCAACAGCACAUUACAAGCAAUUAGACAGAGACUUAAAGACUUCCAUCAUCUACUGCUUGAACCUCCUAAGAAAACUGCAAUGAAAACUACGUGGGGAGUUUUAGAUCCACCAGUGGGGAAUACUCGCUUAAAUGUCGUCAGACUUGUAGCCAGCCUUCUGCAAACAAAUACACACAGCAUUAAUGUGGAGCUCAUAGAACUUGACACCAUCAAUGUGUUGUUGGACAUGUACUUUCGAUAUAUUUGGAAUAACUUCCUUCAUGUGCAAGUAGAAAUUUGUAUUGCAACAAUCCUAGGAAGCCCUCCAUGUCAUGGUGACAGCACAGAAAAUAACAUCGAAGAUAAUCCAGAGACUAUCAGAGAUAACAUAUUAGUAAAACAUCUGUUUCAAAAGUGCCAAUUAAUUCAAAGAAUACUUGAUGCUUGGGAAAGUAAUGAAAAAGAACAAUCAGAAGGUGGAAGACGGAGAGGGUACAUGGGUCACUUAACGAGAAUAGCGAAUGCUAUUGUCCACAAUUCUGAGAAGGGGCCAAACAGUGCACUUAUGAAUCAACUGCUUAAAGAUAUUCCUGAUGACUGCAGGGAAAGGUGGGAGACAUUCACAGCCAAUUCAUUGGCAGAAAUCAAUAAGAAGAAUACUGUAGAUCUGGUUAGCACACACAACAUACAUUCAUCCAGCGAUGAUGAAGUUGAUUUUAAGGAGCAGGGAUUUGCUCAGGACUCAGGGUUACAGCAAGCCUUUUCUGAUUAUCAGAUGCAACAAAUGACGUCCAAUUUUAUUGACCAGUUCGGCUUCAACGAUGAGGAGUUUGCUGAUCAGGAGGAUAUCGUGAAUGCUUCCUUUGAUAGAAUUGCUGACAUCAACUUUUCAUUGAAUACAAACGAGAGUGCCAGUGUGGCUCUUUUUGAGGCAUGCUGUAAAGAGAGAAUUCAGCAAUUUGACGACAGUGGUUCUGAUGAAGAGGACAUUUGGGAUGAAAAAGAUGUAACUUUUGCACCAGAUGCACAAAUUCGACACAGAAGUUCAGGCAGUACAGACAGCGAAGAAAGCACAGAUUCUGAAGAGGAGGAUGGGGAGAAACGGGAUGGUGCAUUUGAGUCUAGUAGUGCCAAUCCAGAUGACCGAAUGGAGGUGGACACAAAUGAUGCCCCAGGAUGGACAGCAAACUUCGAAGUGCCUAUGGAAACUGCAAAUGUGACUGCUGCGGAAUCUACUGAAACUCCAGUGUGGAGCUCAGGAGAUUCAGAAUGCCAAGAAACAGGAUGGGCCACGUUUUCAGAUUUUUCAUCUCCUGUAAGUUCAACAAAGGACCCAUUAAGAAGUAGCUCUCCAAUUGCUAUGGAAACGUGUUCUGACCCAGUGGAUCUUCAUAGUAAUAAUAGUGCAACACACACUGAAGGUUUUGUUGCGACCUCGCAGCUUGCCUGCAAAAAACCGAAAGCAGUGCCAGCCAUGUUAAACACAGAAGCCAACUCAUCUGACGGAGAAGAGGAGGAAGUGACUACAGACCAAAUAACAGAGACCGUUAGCAAUGGUUCCAUGAAAGAGACAGUCAGCCUUACUGUAGAUGCCAAAACUGAAACUGCUGUGUUUAAAAGUGAGGAAGUAAACCUGUCUACCUCUGAAGAUGUUUCUUUAAAAUACGUCCUGCCAGAAAGCCUAGAAGCUUCAAAGGUGACUCCAACAUCACCAUCGCCUAAUGAUUAUCAAGAAGAUGGCUUGAAGCCUUCUGAAGAGAGUAUAAAAUCUCAGGCAAAAGACACUUUGAAUGGACCUGUUGAUGAAGUGACGUCAAUGGAAGAAGCCAAGGCAGAUCAACGAGUUCCAUCGCCUGAAGCUUCAGUGAAUGGCCCUGCAUGAUUAAUUAAUUCUGCUGUUGGCUGCUCCAGUCUGAGUAGCUGCUAUCCAGGGGUAUCAGUGGGGUUCACUGGAGGCACGGGGCCUAGGCCUAUCAAAGCCAGUCACUGCUGCACUAAAUUCACAAGGGAUCAGGACCAGCAAUAUUCUUAUCAGAUUUUUAAGAUGGAUGUACAAAGAAGAGUUUGAGAGAAAUGUAUAAAUGAGGGUAUUACAUGUUGGCAGAUACAAAGAACUCUCUUGCGUGCAUUUGUAUCAAAUACAUGAUAUAAAACAGGAUGAUCAGUCCAUUAAAUAUCUUGCCACUCACGUGAUAUUAGUAUUGUUGCCAUAGUUAAAUGGUUAUAAGAGUUAGAGUAUUUUAUAAAAAUGUGUAUACAUAAACCUGACGUAUAUAAUUGAAAUAUACCAAUUGGAACACAUAGUGUGACCAAAGUGUUUAGAAGUUUUCAUACUUUUUUUCAUCUUGUAUAAAAUUUUAACUUUCAGUGUUUCUUCCAAGUGGGCAGAGUAAAUUGUAGAAGUGAACUGCAAAUGUAAAACUGUUAUUUUGAUCAAUUUGCCUAUAUUAAACCAAUUGCUAGAAGAAAAACUAAUUGUAAAUGUUCAACAGUGGCUUUUUGUUUCAGGUUUUAUUCGUAAACAUUUCUUGAAUUCUAGAAUGAGUAGAAUCGAAAGUCCUUUGAUACGGAUUUAAACAUAUUUAUUACUAAAGACUAGUUGGCCAUUUGGUAUGUCACUGAACUACCGUGAGGUGGUUCAUCCCUCUGGAUUUUGCAUUUUCAUGCUUAGAAGUUGUUCAAAUCAAUGGUGAAGAACACUGAAGAUUGGCCUUGAGCUGCAUGUGGCUUGUGGGUGUUUCUCUUUGCUAAAGGUCUGCAUCAAUACAUUGCCUGAAUGAUUGAAACUGUUUGAUCUCGCUUUUCCUUUUUUUUGCUGUAUUCAACCAACUAACCAUGUUUUUUUUUAACAUGAUCCUUUUAUUUCAGAUGCCAGGAUGAUAGAACUUAAUCAGGGUGAACUGAUAUCUGAGCACUUAAUGUAAUAGUUGGCUUGAAGUAGAUCUGUUGACUAAAACUUUUAGGGAAAGGAUGGGAACCCUUUCAGUGCUAAAGUAAAACAAUGAAGGGGUUAGCCUCCGCUAUUAAAUUCAGGGAUUUGAAGUGUUAUAACAAGUUGAUCCUUAUUCAUUGUGACCCUAAUGUACUGUUAAUGGGAAUGGCAGCUAGUUAAGUUAAGUUAAGGCAGCUUUGAAAAAGUGAUUUUUCAAGUGCCGAUGGUACUAGUUUUAGUCAGGAAAAGAGUUGAUGGUAACGCAAGUGGAAAUUUUAGAAGAAUGUUUUCACAUUAGAAAAUUGUUUGUUUCAGGAAAGUAAAAUAAGAUAUGCACUCACUAUUUGUGUGGCCUAUUCUUUGCAUCAUCUACAACUAAAUUGACAGUACAACCUCUUAAGCACCUUAGCACAUUCAUGAUUUUUUUUGUGAACUUUAUCACAGGUAAAUCUAACGUCCUGAGUUUAGAAUUCAGCACCAAUAAAAGAUGCAAUCUUCUAUGAUCUUUCUAGCAAUUUUGGACAGCAGUGAAAUUUACUGGUUAAACAUCUGAUUUGCCGUUUAAAUGUCUGAAAUAUUUUAGCACAGAUUUGUGUAUUUGAAGGCUGGGAUUUUGUGACAUCUCUGUAAAUGUAGCAAACGUUCAAAACUGAGGUAAGAUUAUAGUAAUUAUUUUUGACCUGUUUCUAAUGGGGGAGAGUGGAGAAGGAGCUUGGAGAUUAGUUUCCAAACUAAAACUUUGGAAAUGAUGGUGCUACUUGGCUGAGGCUGCCAAAUAGGAGAAAAUGAUCUGUUUUGCUGUCUUGACAAUCUUCAUUUGCAAUUUAAAGUUUAAUAGCAUAAAUACUUUGCAACAAACUUUUUAUAUUGCAUUCGGAUGGUCUAACCACUCAGACAAGCAGGUACAAAAUGUGUAAGUAUUGGCUUCUUACUGUCCAAUUAUUCUGGUUGUAUGAUAUAUUUCUCAUUUGUCCUAUCUUCAAAUGUACAUCCAAUAUACAAUGUAAAUACCUUGUUGAAAUUAAUAUGGCAUUAGUUAAAGUUUGCAAUAAAGUAAACUGCUUAAAUUGUA